CCCGUUCAGAGUGUUUCGUGAUUUUCUCGGCAAUAGACGUAACUAAACUUGCAGGGCAGAGUGUCGCCUCUCUGUAAAUCACAUCAUUUCGUGAACAAUCAGAUUUGAUUUUUGUGCUUUCAUCUUUCGUUAUUUUUCAAUUUGACGAAGAAUAAUCGACAACUACUUGAAGCGGCUGACGGAGAAAAAAAUGGACUAGUGAAAAUUUCUAUCGAGAUAAACUGUUUGAAUUAUUAUUUUUAAUAGUUGGGCGGGAGCCAGUCUGUUUUACCGACAUGUUAAUCGAGAGAGGAUAGCUGAAAUCAUUAUUUAGUCCACCUAUUAACGACUCAAAGUUGUAAUAUAUUUUUCACAACAGUGCGGAAGUAUCCGAAAAUUAGGAUCGAGGACCGAAAAAACAAAUCUUUGCGAAGUUGGAGUGAUUCAAACGGCCCGAAAUGUUAGGUGCAGUAGUAAUCUAUGUUUUGGCAAGUGCCGUUUUUGAGCUUCGGUCCAGCGCACUGUCACCCGUGGUCAAAAUAGCGGACGGGGAAAUAGCAGGUGCGGAGGCCCUCUCAUGGAAUGGACGCCCUUUCUACGCUUUUCAGGGCAUACCCUACGCGGCACCACCCAUCGGCAAGCUCAGAUUCAAGGAGCCUCAGCCGGUGAAACCAUGGAUCGGAGUGUGGAAUGCUUCUACGCGUGGAUCGAAAUGUUACGCCUAUGAUCACGGGACGUAUGCCACCGUCGGUGCUGAAGACUGUCUCCACUUGAACGUCUACACAACGAAGCUACCGGCAUCGAAUACAAAUCCAUCCUUGGACGUAAUUGUGUUCAUUCAUGGAGGUGCCUUCAUGUUCGGUUCAUCAAAUAUUUACGGUCCGGCCUAUCUUCUUGAUUCGGACGCCGACGAUAUAGUCUUCAUUACGCUGAAUUACCGACUUGGGCCUUUAGGUUUUCUAUCAACGGGGGAUGAUGUGGUUUCUGGAAACAACGGUCUUAAAGAUCAGGUGGCAGCAUUGAAAUGGAUCCAAAAGAAUGUGGCUGCAUUUGGUGGAAACCCACAGAGUGUAACAAUAAUUGGAAAUUCAGCCGGUGGCGCCAGCGUGCAAUAUCAUUUUCUUUCACCGCUGUCAGACGGGCUCUUCCACCGCGGUUUCUCGCAGAGCGGGACUUUCCUGAAUCCUUGGGCUUUUUCCGAGAACAACGUCGAGAAAUCCCACGGACUUGCCGCCAAUUUGGGCUGCCCAACUCACAACUCAGCAGAGUUGGUCGAGUGCCUUCGCAGCCGACCCGCAGAAAGCAUAGUCUUGUAUUCUCGUCAUUUGCAGAGCUGGAGGUACAAUCCCUUUUCCCCUUGGGCGCCUUCAGUGGAAGCAAAUUCUUCGAAAGCCUUCUUAAGCGAGGAUCCUUACAAGUUACUGGAACGGGGGAAAAUCAAAGACCUACCGUGGUUAAUCAGUUUUACAUCAGGAGAGGGACUCUACCCAGUUGGAGAGUAUGCAGAGAAUGAGCGAAACGCCCUGACGGAGCUCGACGAGAACUGGCUGGAAAUAGCUCCGCAUUUGUUGGACUUCGCUCACACAGUUCCACAAGACGACCAUAAGGAAUAUAGUGCUGAAAUAAGGCUCCAGUACUUUGGUAACAGAUCAGUAUCCCCAGAGACCUUCGAGAAUCUCAUCCAGGUUGUGGGAGAUAGACUGUAUAUGGUGGGGAUUCAGCAGGCUGUCCGAUUCCAAGCGGCAGCGAACAAAUCUCCUGUCUACUUGCUUCACUUUGCAUCUCCAAUUGAGAAGAGCUUGUCUACCAAGUUCUGCAGCUCAACCAAAAACUAUGGAGUAAGUCACGCUGAUGAUUUGGGAUACAUUUUGCAAGCAUCCUGGGGUCAACCCUGGAAAUCAAAAGAGGAAUGGGCUAAGUCGCGACUGCUCAUUAAUGUAUGGCUGUCAUUUGCAAAAACUGGUGUACCCUCAGUCGGCAGUACUGAGUGGUUGCCGGUGUCAAGGAACAUCAAACGAACUGGUGACAUUGAUUACGUAAAGAUAAAUAGCUACAAAGAUGUGGAGUCUAUGAAAAAACCCAGCCUCAACUUCUACGAAUUUUGGACUUCAUUUGCUUAUUCCCCGUACUAAACGAUCCAAAAAUAAGUCAAGGAAAAAAUCAUCUACUACUGAAGCUGCACUUACAGAUUUUGGAGGGUCACAGCAAGUGUAUGGAAGCAUUGCCAACUGACCAGAGUAAUUAUGAUCGGCUUGUUGAUUUCAGUUCAACAGAGGUGAUUAAGAUAAGGUGAAAAUGAUUUACAACAAAAGAUUGUACAUAAAGUUUGUAAUUAUUAACAAUUUGAAUAAAAACUUCAUUUCCAAAAGUCCAUUGUUUCAUGUAAGAAAAGAAACAGGUGAAAAAAUGGAAGAAAAUAAAAAGAAAAAACAACAACUCGUGUGAUACAAUGGGAUUGAUACGAAAAACAAUAAAAUGCUAUUCAUCUUUAAA